CCCACGGGGAGUUUAGUGCACGAAUUUGUCGCAAAAUGUCUAGACAAAAAGUUAACUUUGCUCCCCACUUUGUCAGUUUUUUGCUGCUUACAUCCGUAGCAUCGGUUAUACCGCAGAGUGAUCCGAACCGACCGAUCAUCGACUGUCCGGCAGGACAGGUGCAGGGUACUACCGAGUCUUGUGGAUUGUUCUGCACGUACUACUCCUUCAAGGGUUUGCCGUAUGCGGAACCCCCGGUAGGGUCGCUACGUUUUCGUAAUCCGGUCGCACGUACGCGAUGGGCUGGCGUUCGAGAUGGUACCAACCAUGGUCCGGAGUGUCUACAGGUCGCCCUUAUCCCGGGACAGGUUCGUGGUAGCGAGGACUGUCUGUAUCUGAACAUCUACACGCAGCAACUGAUCGGAAUGCGUCCGGUAAUGGUUUGGAUUCAUGGUGGCGGUUACGCUGUCAAUUCGGGCAAUAGUGUGGACUUCGGACCCGAAAAAUUUGUGCAGGACAAUGUACUGCUCGUGACGAUUAACUAUCGGUUGGGUGUGUUAGGUUUUCUCAGCACCGGUGAUCGAUAUGCCGCUGGUAACUGGGGACUCAAAGAUUGCUUGCAGGCACUCCGGUGGAUACGCAACAAUAUCGCUGCUUUUGGUGGCGAUCCGGAUAAUGUAACGAUCUUUGGCAAUUCUGCCGGUGCUGCAUUGGUACAUCUGCUGGUGCUGACUGAUGCUGGGCAGGGUCUGUUCCAUAAAGCGAUUGCCCAGAGCAGUACCGCGCUGGUACCGUACGCUUUCCAGACACGGCCACGAAUGUACGCAGAUCGGAUUGCGUUGGCGUUUGGGUUUGGCACUGACAGUACCAGCACGUACGUCGAGCAGUUACGAACCAUUCCGGCGGAACAGUUUAUUCCCUUGCAGGAGGGUGGAUUCACCAUUCCAGUGCCCAGAUUUCUUCGUCCACUUGAUUUUGGACUCGUAGCCGAACCGGCUGAUGCACCGGAAGAAACCAUCAUACGUCAGCGCCCGAUAGACCUUAUCCGUAACGGACCCGCCCAUCGUGUUCCGUUUAUCGUUGGGUACACCGAUCUGGAGGGUGCUUUUUUCACCGCAGUGGAGAACGCAGUCGAUCCGACGGCGAAGGGACAGUUUAAUGCCAAUCCUCAUCUGUUUGUACCAUUCUUUUGGAAUGUGGGCGAAGGAACCACAUCAUCAAACCAGAUAAGCAGUGCAUUUCGUCAGCAUUACUGGCAGAGUCAACCGUUGGAUGCUAGUUUAGAUUACGAGUGGACGGUUUAUCAGACCGACCAUCAGUUCUUGUUUGCCAUCGAUCAAACGGUCAGACUUCACGCACAAGCAUCUGCUGCACCGCUGUACUACUAUCAGUUCGCGUACGACGGUGAUUUGAACCUGUACAAAAAGCUGUUUGGUGUGCAACAUCCUGGAGCAAUACACACGGAUGAGCUUCCGUACAUGUUCCACAUACCGGCGGCCAUGCUGGAACCGGUUUCACCCGACAGUCAUGCAAACACCGUCAGCAGCCGAGUCGUUCGGAUGUGGACAAACUUUGCCAGAACUGGUAAUCCUACUCCAACGCAGGAACCAUUGUUGCAAAACGUUCUAUGGCCUACGGUAGGUGCAGCAAGUACAGGGUAUCUUUCGAUUGGACACGAUUUGGUGGCGGUCUCGCAAACUCCUAAUCCAACCCGUAUGAACCUAUGGUACAACCUGCAGCAAACGUAUGCAAAUGCACCUUUUGAAAUAUGAUA